AGAACAAGCCUCAAACUUUGAGCCAGUUUAUUGUGGCAUCUUCACGAGGGCGCAAAAGAAAUUGCAGAAGAAUCUGGAUAGAAAAAAAGAAAAAAGAAAAACCCCUGAGGGGGUCCUACCUGACCGAAAACCGACCUUACCGCAGCUGCUUCUUCAUUUCUUUGCAUUCGCCUCACUUUUCUUCUGGUUAAGGAAGAAAAAAACUUUGCUGAAAUGGCGACUGGCGAGUACGGCGACUCUGGCUAUGUCUUGGAAGAUGUGCCUCACUUGUCUGAUUACAUUCACGAUCUCCCUACUUAUCCCAACCCAUUGCAGGACAACCCUUCCUAUUCGGUUGUUAAGCAAUAUUUUGUAAACGAGGAUGAUUCUGUUACCGAGAAGAUUGUUGUCCACAAACAUUCCCCUAGAGGAACUCAUUUUCGACGUGCUGGUCCUCGACAAAAGGUGUACUUCAAAUCUGAUGAAGUGCUAGCAUGCAUAGUAACUUGUGGGGGUUUAUGCCCUGGUUUAAAUACAGUGAUUAGGGAAUUAGUGUGUGGUCUGCACAACAUGUACGGUGUGAACAAAGUUCUUGGAAUAGAGCUUGGAUUUAAAGGCUUCUACUCCAGAAAUACUGUCACUUUGACCCCAAAAGAUGUCAAUGACAUUCAUAAACGUGGUGGUACCAUUCUUGGGACAUCAAGAGGGGGCUAUGUGACAUCAAAAAUAGUUGACAGCAUUCAGGAUCGUGGCAUUAAUCAGGUUUACAUAAUUGGAGGAGAUGGUACUCAGAAAGGGGCUUCUGUGAUCUUUGAGGAAAUUCGAAAGCGCGGUCUCAAAGUUUCAGUAGUUGGAAUACCUAAGACCAUUGAUAAUGAUAUACCGGUUAUUGACAAAUCCUUUGGUUUUGACACUGCUGUUGAGGAAGCUCAAAGAGCUAUUGAUGCUGCACAUGUAGAGGCUGAAAGUGCAGAAAACGGGAUUGGUGUUGUGAAAUUGAUGGGACGCUAUAGUGGAUUCAUAGCAAUGUAUGCCACUCUUGCCAGCAGAGAUGUUGACUGCUGCUUAAUUCCUGAAUCACCUUUUUAUUUGGACGGUCCUAGUGGGCUCUUUAAAUACAUAAAACGAACAUUGCGGGAAAAUGGCCACAUGGUCAUUGUAAUUGCUGAAGGUGCAGGACAGGAGUUGCUUUCUGAUAGCAUGCAAGAUAAAAAUCUCCAACAGGAUCCUUCAGGGAACAAGUUGCUCCCAGAUGUUGGCCAUUGGUUAUCACAGAAGAUCAAGGAUCAUUUUAAGGAGAAGGGAAAGCUGGAUUUAAACCUUAAAUAUAUAGAUCCAACAUAUAUGGUCCGUGCAAUUCCAAGCAAUGCAUCAGACAAUGUCUACUGUACACUUCUUGCUCAGAGUGCCAUUCAUGGUGCAAUGGCCGGUUACACUGGCUUCACAGUAGGCCCUGUCAAUGGGAGACAUGCUUACAUACCAUUCUUCCGUAUAACAGAAAAACAAAAUAGGGUGGUGGUAACAGAUAGGAUGUGGGCGAGAGUCCUCUCUUCUACCAAUCAACCGAGUUUCUUGGACUUGAAUGAUGCUAUUAGUAAUGAAGCCAAUGAAGCAAAACCAGCACAAAAACAGUAAUUAGAUCGGGAAAAUGGCAGGGAGACAUUUUAAGAUUCCAAUUGCUUACAUGGUAUGAAGGGUUUGGUAUCAGUUUGGAGACCUGAUUUUGACUUUCUGUAAUGUGAUGUAACUUGUUCUUGGAGGGCUUAAAUGUAUGCUGAUAUUCUUGUAUUAGAACUGGAAAAUGUCGUCUAAUAGAAAUGGCGACAAAUAUAUUCAUUGAGAUAUAACUCUUCCCCAGGAAUGACCCUAGAGUUUCUGAUUGU